AGCCAGCCCGGCCCAGGCCCGCCGCCCCAACUAGGCGCGGGCGGCUCCCCAGGCAGCCGACGCUGUGCUUCGGUGUCGGGGGAAGAACGUUGUGGACUGAGCAGCAGCAGACCUUCGGACUCCUGGGCCUCCUCGCGCGGCAGGCGCACUCGGCAAAAAGCCGCCUGCCAGUCACCCGCGAUGGCCGCCGGCACGGGGCCCCCAGAGCGCCUGCGCACAGCGACGAUACGGGUCGGGGGGAUGACCUGCGGCGCCUGCUCCUCCACUGUGGAGCGGUCCCUGGCGGGCGCGGCCGGCGUGCGCGAGGCGACAGUGUCGUGCGUCACCGGCAUGGCGCGCGUGAAGUUCGACGCCAGCGUGGUGCAGGCAGGCCAGCUCCUGGACACUGUCGAGUGCGUAGGCUUCGACGCCGUCCUGGAAGGCGAGGAGGACGUCCCCGCCCCUGCACCGACUGGCGCGGCGCCCCCGGACGCCACCAUCCCGAAGACCUCAAGGUCUCCGGCAUGACCUGCAGCGCCUGCUCCGGCACGGUGGAGAGGCUCCUGCGGGGCCUGCCGGGCGUGAGCCGGGCGACGGUGAGCCUCGUGCUGAGCCGCGCCUACGUGGUCUGCUGCCCGUCGAGGCAGUCGCCGGAGGUCCUAUGCGAGGAGAUCGAGUGCGUCGGCUUCGACGCGGAGGUCGUCUGCACAGGCACAGCCGAAAUGCUGAGCGGGCAGGCGACCCUUCACGUCAAGGCAACCUGCCCCAGCGGGACGGUGGAGGCGGCAGCCCGGCAGCUCCCGGGCGUGCUCGGCUGCAGGACGCUCUCCGAGGGCCAGCAGCGCAUCACCUACGACCCGCACGCCGCGGGCGCCCGGCAGCUGCUGGCACAGCUGAGGCGGGCGGUGGCCCCCGAGGCCGAGGUGGAGUGGACGAGCGCGAGCAGCUCUGACGAGCAGCGCCAGAGCCAUGUGCAGCACAUCCGCGACCUCCAGCGGGAUCUGCUCCGGGCGGCGCCCCCCGCGGCUGUGAUCUUCUUCCUGGUCAUCCUGCUCCCCAGCCUGGGGAGCGGCCACGCCCUCGAGGCCCUGCUCGCGACCCAGCUGCACCCAGGGCUUACGGUGCUGACGCUCGUUGUCCUCACGCUCGCCACCCCAGUGCAGUUCAUCCCUGGGCGCCGCUUUCACGCUGCCGCCUUCGCGGCGGUGAAGCGGGGGUCUCCCAACAUGGACGUGCUUGUGAGUGUCGCGAGCGGCACCGCGUACUUCUAUUCCAUCGGCCUCGUCCUUUUCUGCGUCACCAUGCCCGACCUUCCCAGCGUCCACCUGCUCGGGCACGCCACGGGCCACUUUCUCGCGAUGGGCCCCGUGCUGAUAGCCGUGGUGCUCCUCGGCAAGAGCAUCGAGUCCCGCGCGAAGCUCACGGCGAUGGAGGCGCUGACCGGCACUGGUUGCGGAUUCCCUCGAACCUGCCGGCCACUGCGCUCCUCUGCGAGGACAGCGGUGAGUCUGUCCAGCCAGUUGAGCUCGUGGAGCUUGGCGACGUGCUUCGCAUCUAUGCAGGCGGCCGCAUCCCGGUUGACGGCACCAUGUGUUCACAGUCAGGUGUGCAUGUGGACGAGGCGAUGUUGACUGGGGAGAGUAGGCCUGUCUCGAAGCAAGACGGAGACAUGCUCUUCGGAGGGACGCUCUGCUUGUCUGGUGGCUGCCUCAUGCGCGUCACGAAUGUGGGAGGCGACACCACCAUAGGCCAAAUGGUGAAGCUUGUCCAGGACGCUCAGGCCAGCAAGGCAAACGUGCAGCGCGUUGCAGACUCCAUUGCGCGGGUGUUCGUACCGUUCGUGAUCAGUCUUGCUAUUCUGACGUUCGCAGUGUGGAGCGCGCUCGUGUUCUCGGGGAGAGUGAGCCCCCCGAUGCUCGACACCAUGGGCCAUGGAGGCAUGGAAGCGGACUCCCGGGCGGUACGCUCACUUCAGCUGCUGUUCGCUAUGAAAUUCGGGAUCGCCGUUCUGAUGAUUGCCUGCCCGUGUGCGAUGGGCUUGGCAACCCCAAUGGCGGUGAUGGUCGCGACGGGUCUCGCAGCGAAGCGCGGCUGCCUGGUGAAGAGCGCGGAGGCCCUGGAGGUGUCCGCUCGACUGGACGUCGUGGUCCUGGACAAGACGGGAACCAUCACCAAGGGCCAGCCGAGUGUCAGGGCCGCCGCUUGCUGCGCCGAGGCCUUCGCGACGCUGGAGCAGGCCUGGGAGGCGCUGCUCGGCUCGGCGGAGGGAGCGCCCAAACGGCGGAGCGCUCCAGCGACCAGCAGCUCCGGGCCGACCGUACAGCUGAUCGGCGCGGAGGACGUGUGCAGUUCGAAUGGCCUGGAAGACUGCUUCUGGUGGAUCCUGGGCAGCCUCGAAAGUGCCAGCGACCAUCCCAUCGCCAGGUGCGUGCUGACCGCCGCGCAGGAGGUCCCCGGCCUGCCGCCCCUCGCAGCACCGCAGGACUUCGAGGUGACCGCUGGCAGGGGCGUGCGGUGCACGCUGAGUCAGCUGGGCGGCGUCACCGCCAGGGUCGGGAAUCUGACGUACUUCAUGGAGUCCAUGCCAGAGCAGGCGUCGCAAACCAAUCAGGAGCUCCUGCAGUGGAUGGAAGGCAUGCAGCAGCAAGGCAACAUAGUCGUCCUGUUGCACGUCGACGGCGUGCCGCUGGGCGCAGUGGCCCUGCAGGACCCGGUCCGCGAGGAGGCCUCUUGGGUGGUCAGCUACAUGGAGAGGACGCUCGGAGCGGAGGUCUGGAUGUGCACUGGCGACAACACUGCCACCGCCCAGUGCAUCGCGGCCCAGGUGGGGAUCAGGCACGUGAUGGCCGAGGCGCUGCCGACGACCAAGAGCGAGUGCGUCGCGAAGCUGCAGAGGCCAAGGAGGCGAGGCGAGAGGCCUCGCAGGGUGUGCUUCAUCGGCGACGGCAUGAACGACUCCCCAGCCCUGGCGCAGGCGGACGUCGGCGUGGCCCUCGGCGUGGGUGCGCACAUAGCAGUGGAAGCCGCAGACGUGGCGCUCGUUCGCUCGGAGCUGGGGGACUGCGUGACGUUCCUGGCCCUCAGCAGGGCCACCUUCAGGACCAUCCUGCUCAACUUCUUCUGGGCCUUCUGCUUCAACUUCCUCUGCCUGCCCGUGGCCGCGGGCCUGUUCUACCCCACGCUGCACAUACCGCCCCUCGUCGCGGGCAUCGGCAUGGCGUGCUCCUCGCUCUUCGUGGUCUGCUCGUCCCUGCUGCUCCGUCGGUUCUCGCCUCCGCAGGCCCCCCUGGCGCAGCCGAAGCAGCCGUCCGACUCCUCGACCACCGUAAGCCCUCGGGAGCAGCAGGACCUUGUGACUGGGAAGCAGAAGUGGAACGCGGCGCUGAAGGCCCAGAUAAUCGGUAGCCAGAAGACUUACCGAUACCAGACCAUGAUCUGAGUUGGUAUGACACGCACUCGCAGUUUCCAGUUGCCUCCAACACACUGGCGCCCCGUUGGUCGCACGAUUUGGGGAGGACAUUCGGCCCGGCGCGCUUGGUAGAGCACAUAAGACUUGUAGAGCACAUUAGCGGCUAGUUUAGGAAUUGCGAUGGCGGAUUCGAAGUGAACACGUCGGGCGCCAGCCCUGCCCAUCCGAAGCGAUGGCCGCGGGUGUAUGUUGUUAUCUUGCUUUCGACCCUUGCUUCUUCUUCUUCUAUGUAUGAUGUUCUUUUCACUUCGACCCGCUCCAACCGAGCUGCUGCUACGGUAUCGCUGCGCUGGCCCGCGUUCCUUGCUGGCGAGGCGCUCCUCUGCUGCGCGCUGCGAUUCGGCCCUCCUCUGGUUACGCGCAGCGCUUGCAGACAGAGCAUUUCUUCGUCGCCUGGUGCACGCGCAGUUACAACCUUCGACCCCUCACCUCCGGAGCUUGCUGUUCUCGGCUCCCGUUGGCCCUUACCUGCUGCCCCGCUCGAAGACUUCUGCCAGCUCGAUUCGGCAGAACUGGGGCAGCGCGCCGAGGUCUGGGCUGUGAAGCGGCCUCCCGGGGCGGGCGCGUGCCGCUGGUGCCCGGGAGGAAGCCCUCACACAGGAGCGUUGCCGAGCCGGGGGGGGGUUCUCGCCGCUUGCCUUGGGCGCCGCGUAAUGGGGGGCCACGCCCAAUUGCCUCGGCACACGCCGGCCCUGCGCAGUGAGCCCUGCCCGCAAGCCUCCGUGCACGGUUGGUCUGCCUCUUCGGGGAAGGCCCGGGAAGCUGCUCCGAGGGCUGCGGGGGGGGACGUCCGAGCCCUCUGCAGGCAGGCCCGCCUCGGGCGCUCUCUGGCGCACGCUCGCGGCCCCCGGCCGUGCGUCCGCUGGCGCCCGCCCGGCCAAGAGCCGCUCCCUGGUAGUAGCGGAGCACAGACAUCACAGGCCCGUGUUCGAAGGAUCACAGGCUCACGAAAGACACACACACAUUCCCCAGUCAGG